CUGAUUGGUCAAAACUCGCCAAUAGGCCAAAUAAAAGAACUUUAACACUUUUAUGGAAAUAAACAAGUUAAUAACGGAGAGAGGGUCGGAUUGCCGUCGGCAAAACUAAUCAACAAUGAUUCAACUUAGAAUCUACUUUAUUUUAUUUUUUAAUAUUUUAGAAGUGACACAGCUGAGAGCAUCUCGGCUACGAAUUCGACAAAUUGAAGAAAUCCUUCAAGAACAUAAUAGACAUAGACGGAAUCUUGCCAUGGGAUUGUAUGGUACAAGGGUAUCUAACAUGAGAAAACUGACAUGGAGUAAAAGUUUACAAAGGCAUACCUCUGAAAUUUUACAAUGUAGUUCAGAAAAUUCAGACUUGUUUCAGAACAGUUUGACUGUGAAUAUCGGAAAAGGUGCGUCUUUAAGUGGCAUUAUUCACGAGUGGUUUCGGGAAAUUCAGCAUUUGUUUCCUUAUGAGGCCUCUUGUUUGGAAUCUUCUCCAUGUAGCAACAUCUUAACGAUGAUAAAUGCAGGUCACCACUCCAUAGGGUGUUCAUUUAAAAGAUGCAGUGGUAAAAUCAAACUACUUUGUAUGUACGAGGGCGGCGCCGAGUAUCCCCCCGUGUACAAACCAGGUACCCCCUGUACAAAGUGUGAUGACGACGCAGCUUUUUGUGAUGACGGGCUUUGUGUUGCAUGUAACUCGACAAUAGAGAGAUGUGACUGUAGAAAAACUUGCAGUAAACCCUUGAUAGGUCAAGGAACUUUAGACAACAGUACAUGUACUUGUACAUGUAGAUAUGGACUGGGUCCAAAUUGUGAUGAGGAAUGUAAGAACCAAAACAUGUAUGAAAACUGGGACAUUUGCCAGGAAGUGACGGAUGCUGAGUGUAACUCACCAUAUCCAGAGGAAAGAGAAAUGUUCAAAGAGUUUUGUCCCCUGAAAUGUGGGGCUUGUAAUAUUUUCCCAUAUAGCCAAAUUCUCUCAACUUUUAUGAGACGAAGUAGAGGAAAGUGAAAAAGAAAUAGACGAAAUACAGAUUUUGCAGUGGACGAUGGCUGCAACUGGACAUUAUACGAACAAGUUAUAGAAUUGUAAUUUAUGUCCAAUUGUAUUUAUUGUUGUAAGUGACUGGGGAACUUCCCUCUGAGGCUAACACUUUAGUUAAGCAGAGCUCCUCCAAUCAUGUGUUGCUUAUCACCAAUGCAUACUUGUGUUUCAAGGUGUAUUUGUUGUAAGAAUCCGUGGUCUCUAAGGCAAUUUCUUUUCUGUUCCCUUCAUAUUUUCUAUAUUCAUGUUCCUCCUUUGCAUCCCCUUAUUUAAUGAGACUAGUGUUUAAGAAAUCAAUUUCACAAAAUAAA